UCGAAUCGUUUUGCAGAUAUAAUUGCCAUAGAAUUAUUCUGGUUGAGUGCUAUUCGACUAAAACCCACUGGAAUUCCUCUCUCUCUUAACCCCUGAUAUCAUUCUGCUUUAAUUGUUGGUUCGUUCCUUUUGAUAUUCCACUGGUUUUUUCAUCGUUUUGUUUGGUUUUUGUCGAAGAUAACGGAGACCGAUAGAGGGAGAGAGAGGGGGAAGGAGAAAAUGGCGAGCAAUGGAAAUGGAAACAAUGACGAACAAACUGCUGAUCAUUUCUCAUUUGCGAGAUGCUAUCAGAUCGAAGCAUUAGAGCAAGCUAUGAAGCAGAACACGAUAGUGUUCUUGGAGACUGGAUCAGGAAAAACAUUGAUUGCCAUUAUGCUUCUACGUCGCUAUGCACAUCUUUUCCGAAAACCGAAACCUUUUAUUUCUGUUUUUUUGGUACCCACUGUGGUAUUAGUCAAACAGCAAGCUGAGGCUGUUAGAAAGCACUUGGAUCUUAAAGUCGAAGAAUAUUGGGGAGAGAAAGGGGUAGAUUACUGGAAUGCUGCUGAUUGGAAGAAGCAGCAAGAUGAAAAUGAGCUACUCGUUAUGACUCCCGCCAUUUUGCUUGAUGCGUUGAGGCAUAAAUUUCUAAGCUUGGAUAUCAUCAAGGUGCUGAUAUUUGAUGAAUGUCAUAACGCGAAGAAAAGACACCCAUAUGCACUAAUUAUGACGGAGUUCUAUCAUCGUGAGUUACAUCUUGGUGGUUCCCAGCUUCCCAGAAUACUUGGGAUGACAGCUUCACCCGUGAAAGCAAAAGUGUCAAACUCAAGUUCGGAUUAUUGGAAGCAGAUUGACAAACUUGAAACUCUGAUGAAUUCAAAGGUUUAUACAUGUGCAAGUGAAUCCGUAUUAUCCGAGUACAUCCCCUUCUCCUCUGCGAAGUAUAUGUUCUACAAGAAUGUGGAAAGUCCUUCUCACGUGUUUGAGGAGUUGAAAAGUAAUUUGUUGAUCUUAAGAAAUAAGCAUAAUUCAGCCAUCAGAAAAUYAAAUCUUUCGGAAUCUUCAAUGGAUAAUGCAAUGAGAAGGUUGUCGAAGUUAUCUUCGACUUUUGAAUUUUGUUUAGACGAAUUGGGCAUUUUUUUGGCCUCAAAGGCAGCGGAAGCAUAUUCAUGUGAAGCUAAUGACCUCUUUUCUUGGGGGACGUUGGAUGUACGURGUGAGACAAUUGCAAGGGAAUUCUGUAAAGAUGCCAACACAGUUUUCACCUCUUAUAUACCCRGUGGUUUAGAAUGGUCGAUCACUCAUAUUAAUGAAGCAAGUGUGAGCAUCGGCUUACUAUCAACAAAAGUCAUGUCAUUAAUUAAAGCUCUGGCUGAAUACAGGCAUGUUGAUGAUAUGCGAUGUAUAAUCUUUGUAGAGAGGGUGAUAACGGCAAUUGUACUUAAAAGCUUACUAAAUGAGUUGCAAUYUUAUUUAUUUGGUUGGAAAACGGAGUACACGGCUGGGAACCMUUCCKCCMUGCAGUCACAAAGCCGGGGAGUCCAAAAUAAGAUUGUUGAUGAGUUUCGUAAAGGAAWGGUCAAUAUAAUUGUAGCAACGUCAAUUCUUGAAGAAGGGUUGGACGUUCAGAGUUGUAAUCUUGUGAUCAGAUUCGAUCUUUCAUCUACUGUUUGCAGCUUUAUUCAAUCUCGAGGUCGUGCUCGAAUGCGGGACUCGGACUUUUUAUUAUUGAUUCGAAGUGGCGAUGUAGAGACAUUGAAAAAGGUGAACAAUUACAUGCAAAGUGGAAAAAUAAUGCGGGAGGAGUCUUUAAAAAAUGCUUCUCGACCAUGUCAACCACUCGAUAGUGAACUUUUGGACGAAGUUGUGUAUCGUGUUGAAUCAACCGGAGCUUGUUUGAGCCUGAGUUCUAGCAUUUCCAUGGUUUACUUCUAUUGUUCUAGGCUACCUUCAGAUGGGUAUUUUAAGCCUUAUCCAAGAUUCGUCAUCGAUGAGGUUUCAGGAACUUGCAGCAUCUCUUUUCCAAAAAGUUGCCCGCUUCCAAGUGUGCAUGUUGAAGGAAAAGUAAAAUGGUUGAAACAACUUGCAUGUCUUGAAGCAUGCAAGCAACUACAUGUGAUGGGUGCGUUAACGGAUAAYCUUGUCCCUGAUACUGUGGAGAAAGCCGUCGACCCACUAGAAACGGUAUUUUUUGUGGUUCCAGCUUAUGAGCAUGUAGAAGAACAAGUUCAAUACAUGCCACCUGAACUUAUYGGGCAAUUUGGCAAUGAUUCAACUAAGUUGUAUCAUUUCUACUCGAUUAAGUUAAAGAAGAACUUUGAUUAUGAUGUCCCGCUCCARGAUAUUGUGCUUGGAGUGAGCACUAAGUUUGAACUUGAUGAUGAAGAGAUAUCGUUUGAUCUCGAGGCUGAUAGAGGCAGCAUUGGUAUUUCUGUGACGUAUACAGGAACGUGUUUGCUUACGUCUGAGCAGAUAAUAUUAUCGAAUCGAUUUCAAAUGACGGUGUUACGAGUACUUCUUGAUCACUCAAUCAUGAAGUUGAAGAAUUCUUUUGAUGCAUUAAGAUUGAAAAAUGAUCAUGUGAUGUGUGAUUAUCUCUUGCUCCCUUCGAAUGGCUUACAUAAAAAUCCAUCGGUCAUUGAUUGGAAAUCCGUUCGUUCCGUUCYGUUCCCUUUUGGAAGCGCAACAAAGUGUUCUUUAACGGGUGAUGAUCAUCAAAAAGUGCACACGAAGAACGGGUUAACGUGCAGCUGUUUGGUGGAGAAUUGUUUAGCAUGCACUCCUCAUAACGGGCGKUUGUAUUGUACUACCAAAAGAUUUCUUGAUUUGAAUAGUAAAUCAGCCAUGCAAAAUAAGGAAGGGGAAGCGAUUACUUAUAAAGAUUACUACAAAAAACGGUAUGGCAUUGACUUGGAGCAUGAAGAAGAAUUAUUUUUUUCUGCGAGACCACUUUUUUCAGUUCGAAACCGUCUUCAACGUGGCAGAUAUCAUGAGGAGAAAGAAACAAGUAGGGCGGGCGUCGAGUUGCCUUCUGAACUAUGUKACAUUCUUAUGACACCAAUAUCUAUAAGUACCUUCUAUUCGUUCUCUUUUGUUCCAUCCAUCAUGCAUAGGAUCGAGUCUUUGCUUCUUGCUCUCAACUUGAAAGAGAUGCAUUUAGGUCGUAGUCGGCCAAAUGGAAAUAUCCCCACUCUUAAGGUCUUGGAGGCAAUUACAACCAAAAAAUGUCUUGAACCGUUUCAUUUGGAAUCCUUCGAGACUCUAGGCGAUUCGUUUCUYAAAUACGCUGCUAGCCAGCAGUUAUUYAAAACUCUUCARGAUCAACACGAGGGGAUCUUGAGUUCUCGAAGAGAGAAAAUAAUAUCAAAUGACUCGUUAUGCAAAUUGGGAUGUAACAGCAAGCUUCCGGGAUUUAUCCACAAUGAGCCUUUUGAUAUGAAGACAUGGGUCCUCGAUAAUAAUAUACRAAAGACCGAAAAAUGCAUCCCAUUGUCUUGAAAAGUAGUUGCGGACGUUGUCGAAGCCUUAAUUGGCGUUUUUCUUGUUGAAGGAGGUGAAAUGGCAGCCUUAUCGUUUAUGAGCUGGCUUGGUAUAAACGUUGACWUAGUCAACCAACCCUACAUACGAAACGUGACGCUUGAACCCGAGAGGUUCUUAAACGUUCAACACUUGGAAUCUCUUCUCGGUUAUUCAUUUCRUGACGCAUCUUUGCUUGUUGAGGCAUUAACGCAUGGAUCUUACAUGCUGCCGGAGAUUCCAAGAUGUUAUCAGCGUUUAGAGUUUCUUGGGGAUGCGGUGUUGGAUUAUCUCAUCACCGUUCAUUUAUACAAUAAAUAUCCCGGAAUGUCUCCAGGAUUGUUGACGGAUUUGAGGUCCGCUUCGGUAAACAAUGAUUGCUAUGCACAAUCUGCCGUUAAGGUUCAACUGCAUAAGCAUAUUCUCCAUGGAUCUCAAGACCUACAUCGGCAUAUAGUUUCUACUGUUCACGACUUUGAUCUUUUGUCUGUGACGUCUACUUUCGGAUGGGAGUCGGAAACCACCUUUCCCAAGGUUCUUGGGGAUGUAAUAGAAUCUCUAGCGGGGGCGAUUUUKGUUGAUUCCGGAUACGAUAAAGAUCGAGUUUUUAAGAGCAUAAGGCCUCUUCUUGAGCCAUUAAUAACUCCCGAGACGUUAAAACUACAUCCGGUGAAGGAACUGCAUGAUCUUGUCCAGAAAAAUCAUUUAGAAGUGAAGUCGUCGGCCAAACGGUUGGAUAACGGUACAAUAUCGUUCACUAUAGAAGUAGAAACCGAUGAUGGUGUUUUUAAAGACACGUGCAUGGCUGCUGACAAGAAAAUGGCGGAAAGACUUGCUUCGAAGUCGGUUUUGAAGUCUCUGAAAGCAAGUUUAUUGGGUUCGUGAUAGCUUUUUGAGCGGUUUUUCGACUAGUUCAUGAUCGUAUAAAGCGGAACUCGGUUGAUCGAAGAUGUCGAUUUUUGUUGAUAUGGUUUUGAAAGAGAAAAAGGGUGUUUUUUUUUGUUCAGGAUGGUUGAAGACUGUACAACAGAUGUUGUGAACUCAAAAGUUUUCUGGUUAUCUUUUACUUGUGAAAUUACAUAUUCUGCUUAGAAGU